AUAGGUCGGGAAAAGCCGACAAACUUUGUUUUAAUAAUGUGAGCACAUGUAUGUAUGUAAACUUUUUGCGACCAACCAACCAAUCAGCUAACCGGCUAAUCGAAAAAAACAAUUAGCCAAGGAACCAACUAAAACAUCAUGCGCUCAACCAAGAAAUUAACGCUAACCAACUAACCAAGCAACCAAGCAACCUGCCCAAUCAAGAAAAAGACAAACGAACCAACCAAUCAAGAAAUUAACCAGCUGACCAACCAACUAGCCAGCUGGAAUGUAUAUAACUCAGGCCGCCUGAUACUCUUGUUUGAAUGAGCUAUAGAUGCAAUCAGCUAGCAGAGAACCAUACUUUAAGACCUUCUUGUUAUAUAUUGCGAUAAUUUUCUUCUACCGCAAGAAGAACUUCAGUUCGGUCAAAUUUUCAGUCUGACUAUCAAGAGCCACUCAGAUACGGCCACAUUGUCACCGUUCAGAGUUUUGGGGCAUGUUGCUUGUCUGAUGGACGGGGCUCCUCUCAGCUCUUCUCCACUUUGGCAAAAUCAGUGCUUGUUAGGGUUAACUGCUAACCUUCAGUUUUAUUUAGGCUCAUAUGAAGAGGACGGCUUGACUGCACAUAACAAGUAUCGCGAGAUCCAUGACGCUCCUCCCAUGAGAUUAGAUUCUAGCAUGACCAGGCAGGCAAGGGCCUAUGCUCAGCGGCUGGCAAGAAUGGGCAGUCUACAGCACUCGAGUUCUAGUGAGAGACCGGGUCAGGGUGAGAAUCUCGCCAUGGCGUGCGGCUCAGGAGGCUUGUCAGCCCAGAGAGCUGUAGCGAUGUGGUACGAAGAAGUUUGCAAGUUCAACUUCGACAAUCCCGAACAGAGUCGCGGCGCGGGUCACUUCACUCAGAUAGUUUGGAAAAAUAGUGUGGCGCUGGGGGUAGGAGUAGCUCACUCAGGGCGCUGUACUUAUGUGGUUGGCCGGUAUCGUCCCGCAGGAAAUAGGAGGGGUCAGUUCAAGAAAAAUGUUGCUAAAGGUAGUUUCGAUAAAAGUCAUUGCGGUGGUUGAGGCGGAGGUCGUGGUGGAGGAGGAUGGGGUCGACGUUGACGCUAAGCAUCAUAUGUGCAUCAAAACUGCUACCUGUGUUAAACUAAAAAAGAAACCAAUAAAGUAGUUGUAACCUUG